UAGGCAGGGACUGAGCGAUGUGUGUGUGUGUGUGUGUGUGUCACUGAACUCAGCAGCAACUCGAAUGAAGAGCGGAGCUGCUGGAGAGGAAAGACAUAGAAAAAUGAUUGGGCAAAUCAGGGAAGAAUUAAGAGUGGAAAUAGAUUAAAAGCGUAAAACGCUGGAGAGGAGACUUUCGAACAAGCUGGGAACUGCACUCACGAAGGAAGAGAUAGAAUAUUGGUCAAAGUGGAGCACUGCCCUCAUCAGAUUCUGUGAUAGCGGACAGUAUCUGAAGAUUGAGUGAGAGGAUCAAGACAAAAGCAGGACUAUUGGGGAGAAUGAAAGACAGUGCUUGCCUGGAUUAAUCUCACAAAACUUGAUCCCAGCCCCAAAACGUGACAAUACCCAGCACUAGCAGAUACCUGUUCGCUUUGUGUGUUUCUGGCAUGAGAUGAAGUUCAGGAAUGAACGUAUUUUAACAGCGCUCGUCCUGGGUACAUUUCUUUCUAUGUCCUGGUUCGCUUCCCGGCUGAAUAUGAAAGGUGAUGAUGGAAUAAUUGCGUAUCGACAAGAACUUCUGAAACUGAGUAACAGCAUGCGUGAGACCGAGAAAGAAAGUCUGAAAUAUUCAGAGGAACUGAAACUUGUCUUGAACAAGAUUAAGCACGCCAUAGAUAUGGAGAAAAAGAGACUGAACAAUGCAUCUAAGAAUUUGUCCAAUUUUUCAGAUGCAAUGAAGAUGAAGGCAUUGAACGUUACCAGAAAACAUAAUGUUCAACAACCAAAUAUAUUCCAUUAUCUUCCUCAUCUGAUGUCGAAUGAAAACAGCCUUCAACCAAAAGUAAUGAUAGGACAGGGCAGGACUGGAGCCUUGAUGGUGAUGGGUGUACCCACAGUAAAGAGAAAAUCGCAAAACUACCUGUUGGACACACUGAACUCCCUUAUUUAUGAGCUGUCUCCAGAGGAAAGGAAAAAAUGUGUAAUAGUUGUAUUCAUUGCGGAGGUGGAAGAAGAUUAUGUAAAUAACCUGGUGGAACAUUUACAAAAUACGUAUUCCUAUGAAAUACAGUCAGGACUUCUUGAGAUCAUCUCCCCUUCUGCCAAUUUUUAUCCUGACCUCUCAAAUCUGAAGGAAACAUUUGGAGACACCCAACAGAGAGUAAGAUGGAGAACAAAGCAGAAUUUGGACUACAGCUUUUUAAUGAUGUAUGCUCAAGCCAAAGGAGUUUUCUAUUUACAGUUGGAAGAUGAUAUUAUAGCAACGCCCAACUACUUCCAAACAAUGAUAAACUUUGCAGAACAGCAGCCUUCAGCAGACUGGCUGACCUUGGAGUUUUCGCAACUUGGAUUUAUUGGGAAAUUGUUCAAGUCUCCUGAUCUGACACUUGUCAUAGAAUUCAUUAUCAUGUUCUACAAGGACAAGCCAAUAGAUUGGUUACUGGAUCACAUAUUGUGGGUGAAAGUAUGCAAUCCCGAGAAAGAUGCUAAACACUGUGACAGGCAGAAAGCUAAUUUACGAAUCCGUUACAAACCUUCCCUGUUUCAACAUGUGGGAACUCACUCUUCAUUAAUUGGGAAACUUCAGCCUCUGAAGGACAAGGAUUUUAAGAAAGAAUUGUUACAUAAACGACAUUCAAAUCCGACUGCCGAUUUAGAGUGUAGCUUGAAAAUCUACCAACGACACAGUCUAGAAAAGGCCUACCAAGGGAAUGAUUUCUUCUGGGCAUUUACUCCAAUGGAAGGAGACUUCAUCAAAUUCAGAUUCCACCAACCACUGAAAAUUGAAAGAUAUCUCUUUAGAAGUGGCAAUAUGGAACAUCCAGGAGAUAAAUUUUUUAAUACAACAGUGGAAGUUCUACCAGCUGACAAAUCUGAAUUUGACAAGAAUUUUUUGCACAACAAUGUAACAAAAUAUCUCAAAUACCAAGAAACAGAAGAUGGCUACUACAGAAUAGGUGAAUUUAGAAAUGGAAUUGCGGAAGGUGAAGUUGAUGCAUCGAUUGGAAAAAUUGAGGCUAUUCGACUGAUCGUUCUUUCCAAAUCCUCCGUUUGGGUUUUACUGAGUGAGAUAUUUAUUAAGCCAGCUGCAUAAAUGCAAGCAAGAAACUGGACUUCCCAGUAAAAGUGCAACUAUUUCUAGUGCCUCUUCAAUGAAGUCUGCCUGAUGGAUUUCCUCAACAACUGCACCACCUAGUGUGGUAAAAUAAAAAGAACAAUUGAUUGAAAAUCAACAAGGGACAGAGCUAAUGUAAAAGAUCACGGUGAUGGAACAGUGCAGAUUUGCAAAGUUUGGGUGAUCUUUGACCAAAACAAUUUAAACUGUUUGUUUAUUUAAUAAGUACACUGUUUUCUACUGUCACCAUGAAAAUAAAUAACAAAAUUCCAGUUUAAUGAAAACUUCAGUGAAGUUGAAUUAUGAGUUUAUAAAUGCAUACUUAGUGUAGAAACAAUAGGUAUGCUUGGUAGCUUUAUGUAAUUGGCACUAAGAUAAAUAAUUUAACAUUAUAUUACAUUAAGUCAAUUUGAUAAUGGUCACUUCUAAUCACAAACUAUCUUUUAUUUAUUGAGUGGGAGAAGAUCUCCUUUGCAAAGAUUUGGUUUAGCACCUCCUUCCACAACUGGAUUGUAGCCCUGAGCUAUGACAUUCUAUGAGCUGACAAGGUGUUCUUUGACUUUUGUAAGUUAUAGAAAUAAAGCACUCUGCUGCUACAUCAAACUUUAUUUUAAAUUGUACUGCCAAAAGAUUCAUAGUAGACAGACUCAUGAAGUUUGUUUAAAUGUUAUUCAAAGCUCGGAUCCAAACUUGAUGACGAAGUUCUACAAGUUUUAGUUAGAGCAAAAAAAGCUAAUGAAGGAAUAGGACCUGCAAUUCUGAGACUUGAGCCAAAAGAGCUUCAGGACAUAAUGAUCCAAAUAUUCCAAUCAGGGUCAGAAAUCCUAUUCCGCACCCUGAUCAAGUUAGAAAUUCUCCACUUAACUUGAGAAGACUGGAGAUGCUGGACGAGAGUUUUCUGUUAAGAACUGAUACCGGAAUCCAUGAGCCUAGCAGUACAGAAUAUCUUUGUAGAAACCAAAAUCUUUGCAGCACUUAGUGAGCCAUAUUCUAUCAUUCCAAUGUACAUUGAAAACUGAAGCCCACUCCUGAUCUCUCACCACUCUGCUCCCAAUCCUAUGCUGCCCAAUGCCAGACCUCUCACUGCCCCUUUCACUAGUCCACUCGGGAUUGCUCAACAUUGCUCAUCAUCUUGCUUCCUGUCCCUCUAAUCCCCUUGCCACACCUGUUCUGACCCCUUACUGCCUCACUUGGCACUCCUCUUCCAAGUCCUCAUUUACCAUGCAGAGGGCAGCAAGGGGUUGGGGACAAGUGGCAAUCUUGAAUUUUUGAAGGCUUGGGUAGCAGCAAAGGUGAAGGUGGUGAACAGGAACACGACAAUGACUGAACUCUUGGGAGAAACAAUACAUACCAGUGGGGUGAAUUAGUGUUCCUGUGUGGUGGUGGGAGUUAAGUGGUUAAUCUUUCAAUCCUGUAAGAGGACCAGCACUUAAGUACAUUCAAACUAUCUUGCUACAGCAACAUGAAUUGAUAAUUCUGUUUUCUAAGUUUUUUUUAUUCUAAAAUUCAAUUUGGCUUGGAUUUUAAUAUAUGGAAUGCUGCUUUUUAGUGCCUUUCUUUUCUUUUCCUUUAAAAGGUAGUCGUCAUCGAACCACAUUGUUUUUCCUUCUAAGAUCAUUAUACCAUUAUUCUGUUAGAAAAUCAUGGGAGAGCAUUUGGUUUAUUCUUCACAAUAGCACGUUGCAACUGAACCACAGGCAUGUGCUUCAAGACUUGCAAUGUAAAUUCCUUCUGCAUGUCUUCUCCGAGAUGAGUAUAUAACAUUUAACAGCUUAUCAAAGGACCAAUAAAAUUUGUGUAAUGAGGAUGAAAGCGUGAAAUCCAGAAUUACUAUUUCUUUGCAAAUACUCAACUUAAGAUACAAGGCUACCUCAACUGCUUGUUUUAUUAUUUAAAAAUACCUUUCACAAAUUCCCAUCAAUUUUGUAUAGCAGCUGUUGAUCUUUAGUGUGGUUAUAAAUGGUUAAAUUUUAGUUUGUAACAAAAUAACUAUUUGGGUGCCUUGAUGGCAGUGGUAACAUUAUUGAAAUCAGACAGCGCACAAAGACGAGGAUAUAUUUUGCUCUACGGAUUAGAUAAAAGAAAAAUUGCUCUAACAAACUUUAAUUGGCUCAUUUUGCUUUACUAGAAGAGUGCUUUAGAUUUAAACACAGAAAAUGUGUUCCGUAGCCUGGAAGGCAUAAUUUUGGCAUCAAAGGUAAAUCCGCCCAUUUAACAGUAACACGUGUCAAACCUUCAACCAAAAAUGUAUGGCUGGAUUGUCUUCUCAUAUCCAGAAUGAAGCCAAGCAAAGACAAUGGUGGAGAAUUGAUGGAAAAUUAUUAUGGUGCCUCCUUCAGGCAACAUAUCUUGACAAUGCACCCCUUUCCCAUAACGCAUCUACGUACUUUGCAUAUCCCUCCUGUCCCCACCAGAAUAUGGCCACUCCCUCCACAUUUGCUAGAGAGGGGACCAACUAUUUUGUGUACUUUUUGGUAGAUACACAUUACUUGCAGUGAGAGGGAUGUAGCAAUUUCAGGGCACUAGUACAAAGGUUCUCUCUCAUCAUUGUGUUCACAAGAAUUAUCCAUGUUUUCACAGGAACAGAGAUUUCUCUUUGCUGCUCCAUUCUCUCCAGUUGCUACACUCUCAGUCCUCUGAAAUAACUACAAAACUGCCUUCUUCUGUAGUGGGUGUAUUCAGUUUAAUAACAGGAAUCCACCCUAUAUGUCAAUUGAUUGAAGAGAAUGGAUCAGGUUUACAGCAGUCAUGCUGAUAGGUGGAAGACGCACCCGACUGCAGUGGCACUGCUGGGAGAAGUAUGCUGACUGUAAUAUCAACUCGGAUACUUGUCUGUUUACACUUUAAAGGACUUGUGCAAAUUUUUAGCUUUUGUGUUGGUGGAAUAUAUUUUUAACUUUGUAGUUAGUGGA